GUGUCCAACUAACCCCGUUCCCUUUACGCAUAGUGCAUUUACGCAUUACCUCGUGCGUUGCUGCAGAGCGCGCCACAAGUGCACACCAUGCGGGUAUACAUGCAAAGGUAAACACACGCGACGUUUGCUUAUAAAAAGAGGGCCACGCCGCGAGUGUCAACUUCAAGGCCCCAAGCCUCAGCUUAGAAGCUCUCUUUGCGAACGAGGCGAUGGCGAUGGCGAUGGCUACCGCGUUCGUGGCUUGCUGUCUGCUCGUGGCGUCCGGCGCUUCGGCGCGAAGUCUCGUCGCCGACGGCGGGAACUUCGGUGGCCGCAAGGACUACUACCCUCCUGGCCCCACCGACCCAAGCCACUCACCAAGCCCCACGCCCUGCAAUCAUGAUUCCCACGGGACGCCGCCCUGCUCGCCGGCGCCACCGCAAGGAGGUGGAGGAGGAUACUACCCGCCCACACCAUCCGUCGGUACCUCCCCAACCACCCCUGGUGGAGACUACAACCCGCCCUCGCCGUCGACAGGCGCCGCCCCUACUACGCCUGGUCGCGAGGACGCCCCGCCCGCGCCGUCCAGUGACACCUCUCCGACCACCCCUGGUAGAGGCUACUACCCGCCCACUCCGUCCAGCGGAACCUCCCCAACCACACCUGGGACUGGAGACUGCCCGCCCUCGCCGUCGACAGGCGCCGCCCCUACUACGCCUGGUGGCGUGGACACCCCGCCCGCGCCGUCCAGUGACACCUCUCCGACGACCCCUGGUGGAGGCUACUACCCGCCAACUCCGUCCAGCGGCACUGCACCAACCACGCCUGGGACUGGAGACUCCCCGCCCGCGCCGUCCAGUGACACCUCUCCGACUACCCCUGGUGGAGGCUACUACCCGCCCACUCCAUCCACCGGCACUGCCCCAACUACGCCUGGGACUGGAGACUGCCCGCCCUCACCGUCGGCCGGCACCUCUCCUACCACCCCUGGCGGUGGCUACUACCCGCCCUCGCCAGACAGCGGCACUGCGCCUACCACGCCUGGUGGCGGGAACUGCCCUCCCUCGCCGUCCGCCGGUACCUCUCCGACCACUCCUGGCGGUGGCUACUGCCCGCCCUCGCCAGCCAGCGGCACUGCGCCUACCACGCCUGGUGGCGGGAAUUGCCCACCCUCGCCGUCCGCCGGCACCUCUCCGACCACACCUGGUGGCAGCUACUACCCACCCUCACCAUCAACCGGCACUGACCCGAACACGCCUGGUGGCGGCCGCUACCCACCCUCCCCAACAACGCCGGGUAGCGGUGACUGUCCGCCAGCCCCGUCCACCGGCACCUCGCCGAGCACCCCUGGUGGUGGUGGCUACUACCCACCCUCGCCAUCCACUGGAACUGACCCAAACACGCCUGGUGGCGGCUGCCCGUCCACGGGCACCUCACCGACGCCUUGCAUUGGCACAACUCCUCCCUCGGGCACUACGCCGACCCCAAACGUACCGUUGCCUCCAAGCACUCCCACGCCGUUCGACCCAAACAGCCCACCCUACUCCCCGCUGGUACCGACGCCGCCGACGAACACCCCCACGCCAUUUGACCCAAACACCCCACCGUUCUCCACUGGCCCUUACGGUUAUUGGAUGUCGCACCCGGGCGUGAUAUGGGGCCUGUUCGGAUACUGGUGCCCGCUGGUGCGGCUGUUCGGCCCGAGCGCCGCGGUGCCGUUCGGGUACGACCUGACCGUGCCGGAGGCGCUGGCCAACACGCGCGCCGACGGCGUGGGCGCGCUCUACCGCGAGGGCACGGCGUCGCUGCUCAACUCCAUGGUCAGCAGCGGGUUCCCCUUCACCACGGCGCAGGUGAAGGACGCGUUCGGCGCCGCGCUCAGCUCCGGCGACGAUCGCGCCGCCGCCGCGCAGGCGCAGCUCUUCAAGAUGGCAAACGAGGGGCUUGCCAAGCACUAGGCGUGGGUUCGUGACUGAUGCCGAGCUGCACUGGCAUGCAGCGUCACGCGACAACCCGCCAGCUUGGAUCUCUUCUAAAGUACGUGUUUGACUCGUUUGAUCCUGGUUUAGAUGUUGUGUCGUGCUUGUAUUAGGCGUGCUGCGUGCACGUGAUCUCUGCGUGUUUGUGAGAGAGAGUGUGUGUGUCUAGAAGUGUUUAAGUGGCCUGUGAAUUCGGUCUGCGUACGUACGUAGCGUUCUGCUAGCUGCAACUGUGUUUUAGUAGUUCCAGACUUCCAGCACCAAUGCAGAGAUAAAUCAAGUGCAGCUAAUGUUGGACGGGGAA